UCCUUCUUCGCUGCAUGCAAUGCUUUUACUAUUCUUUCUUUCUUUCUUUCAUUCUCACGUUUCCCUUUCUUUUGUUUUGUUCCCUUGGCCCCAAACAAACACAAACACAUUACACAAACGCGCUUUCUCUCUCUGUGACAGUUAACGAAGAAUCAAAGAAAAAGAAAAGAACAAAGUGAUUGUCACUUGGGUUAGAAUCUGAUUCCCUUUCGAAGCUUCCAUUUUGAGCAUUUGGGUAUCUCUCUUUCUCACUCUUUCUUCGAUUUCUUCAUCUGGGUACCGCUGCAAUUUCCUCUCACUUCAAUUUCUACAAUGGUUCUGGUUUUCGCCUUGAUUCUCUUUGGGUUUCUUCUUGGGGUGGUGGUGGUUGUGGCUGCCCAAGCUCUUGGAGUAUUGUGGAUCCUGAAACGACUGCGUUCUAAGAUCAACAAAGACCGAGCCAAAAUCUCAUCAAAAGCCCAACUGGGUAAUGCUCAAUUUGAUGCCCACAAUCAAUUGCUCAAAAAGGAGGGUGUGGUUUGGGUUUUGGAGCCUGAUAAGGUUUCGAAAUUGUGGUCGGAGAAACAGUCAAAAGAGCAGAAAAGGAAAAAGGAACUGUUGGAGGUUUCACCUGUUAGAAAAUAUGGGAAAAUCAAUUGUCACUCACUUGUUAUCACAGAGCCUGACGGUUUUCAAACCACCAUUCAGCUCAAGGGGUGCUUAGUUGUGGCUGUUUCAGCCACACGCCUUCCUUCAAAGAAAUGGGCAAAAAAGUUCCCAAUCAAAGUGGAAGCCAAGACCUCUGUGAUCUACCGUGGAAGCAAAACUCUUUACAUAUAUCUUGAGACAUCAAGCGAGAAAGAAUCAUGGUGUAAGGCUCUCCGUCUGGCUUCAUGUGAUAAAAAAGAAAAGCUUGAAUGGUUUGCCCGGUUGCAAGAAGAGUUUCAUAGUUAUCUGACAUCAUUAAAUACUGAAUAUCAUUCUUAUAUGAAACCUUCAAUAGGAUCCAGUACUGAGGCAAUAGAGAAGGCUAGUAAGGCCGAUAGUGGUUCCUCAAAGGUUCGUCAAUUUUUGAGAAAACUUACAAAAAAAUCUUCCCGAGUUGGUGUGGAUAAUAAAUCAGCUUGGACUUCAUUGUCAGGCCGUGAAGAAAGAAAGAACACUGAGAAGCUUCGUGCUUGUCAAGAUGCAGUUUUUGCCACUGGCUUGAUGAAAUCUGCUUCAACAACCCAUCCAAAAAGUUCCAUGUUAGACAAUGCUCCACCAUUAUCUUCAACCUUAUCUCAUUCACGAAGCCAGAGUCAUGCCUCUGUUAGUUCUGAUGCUGAUGCUGAUGAAAAGAACGGUAUUGAUGAGGGAACAUUAUGUUGGAAUUUGUUGGUAUCCCGACUCUUUUUUGAUGUCAAAGGAAAUGUGCAAAUAAGGAAAUCCAUCCAAGAGAGGAUUCAGAGGACAUUGUCGAAUAUGAGAACUCCAAGUUAUGUAGGUGAAGUAAUCUGUACAGACAUCAACAUGGGGAAUGUUCCACCCUGUAUCAUUGGAAUGAGGGUUCUUCCAAUGGAAAUGAGUGAGGUAUGUGCCUUAGAGGUUGACAUUGAAUAUUCUGGAAGUGCGAUAUUAGAGAUUGAAACAAGGCUUGAAGUACGUGAACUAGAGCUCCAAAGGGAGACAGAGGACUCAAAUCCAGAGUCGAGCAAUGUUGAGGCUGUCCAGUCAGAUCUUCUUGAAGGUUUCAAGUAUUUUGGUGAGGAAUUGAAUCUUGCAGAAGGAAUGGAUGAUUUGCCUGAGCCAAAAGGAGACGGUGAUCUGUACUUUGCAGAUGUGUCUAAGAGCUUCAAGCACAGUACAUCUUCCUCAACUCAAGGAUCAAGAUGGAAGUCUAUGUUAAAUUCUGUUGCCAAGCAAGUUUCACAGGUUCCUCUCUCUUUGGCAAUAAGGGUAGCAUCCCUCAGAGGGACAUUGCGCUUGCAGAUAAAGCCACCUCCCUCUGAUCAUUUGUGGUUUAGUUUCACAUUCAUGCCUGAUAUAGACUUCAACUUGGAAUCAUCUGUUGGAGAACACAAGAUAACUAAUUCCCACAUUGCUUUCUUCCUGGUCAAUCGGCUCAAGGCAGCAAUUCGGGAAACCUUAGUGUUCCCAAAUUGUGAAAGCAUAUGCAUUUCAUGGAUGCAAGCUGAAAAGGAUGAUUGGGUUCCUAGGAAUAUUGCUCCGUUCAUAUGGAUCCACCAAGAAUCAGGGAACGAGACUUCAACUUCAGUUGAUGCCAGUAAUCAACCUUCUGGUGGACUGAAAGCUAGUUCAAGGACCUCAAGUGAUGGUUCAGAAAUCAAACUACCUAAAUUAAAAUCAAGUCAGGAACCAGCUCGGAAAUCAGAUUCUCUGGCACUUCCAUUAAGUUCCUCUAGUACAUUGACACUAAGGAGUAGCAAAAGCUUGGAAGAACUGACAACACCUUUGUUAGAGAAUGAGAAACCACAAGGGAGUAGAGAUUUGAAAGAACUUAGAACACCUUCAAUACAGAAUAACAAUACACAUGAAGCUAGUGAGGAGGUGGUGGAUAUUGCUGGAAGUGAAUCACCUUCCAGAAAUGUGGUGAUGGACAAACAAUAUAGUUCAAUGGAACAGGAUGAUUCAAGGCCAAGGAAAAUUGGGAGAAGGGAAAAAAUGCUUGAUUUGAAAAAGAGGAUGAGUGAGAAAUUUGAAGAAAAGAAACGUCACAUUGAAGAAAAGGGUAGGCACAUUGUUGAGAGGAUGAGAGGACCACAAUGACAAACAUGAACAAAGUAAUGCUUAUAUAUUUUUUACUGAUUUUUUUUAUCACGUCUAAGAUUAGUACCAUUCAUAAAUAAGAAUAUGGGAUAUUAGAUAACUUUUCAGUGAUAUGUUGUAUAUUUUCUAGGGGCUUAGAAGAUCAAAUAGAACUAUAUAUAAAUUCACAGAAAAUAUUUUUGUUGCUUUCCACGAGGAUUCCAAAGUACUGACAUAAUCCUCUUGUAAAUUUGCAAUGGCCACAGGGUAUGAUAGAACACUCAUUUAAUUGUUGAAUACCAAAUAACUUUGUUACAGAGAAAUGCUAUACAGAUUCACAGUUUCAUUUGAGGAGUAUUUCAUUUUUAUUGUGCAUUUGAGUUUCUCCAAAU